GUUUGUAAACAUUUAAAAAAAGUUCUGAAACAAAAAUAAGAAAUAAAUCAAUAAUUUGUCUUAAACUACUUGAUUAUCUCAGACAGAAAGAUAUUUGCGGCUUUAUCAUCUAAAUACACCUUAACAUUGCACGAAGCAGAAAUCCAAAAUAAAAUAGUAUUGAAUUAAAUUGAGUUUAAAAACAGAACCCAUAAAAAUGUCCAAAUAUAAUGAGCUUAUAAAACUCGGCACACAAUAUGCCCGUCGCAUGAAUUAUUUGUCAAAUCGUAUUUUUGGUGAAGUUGCUCGCACAACAAAUGACAAAUCAAUGAAAGUUGUUCGAAUGUACAGCGAAGAACCCAUUCACAUGCGUGAUUACGUCAAGAAUUGGUAUCCCCGGCAUGUUGAGACUCACCUUUUGAUGAAACAACUCCGUUGGUAUGGUCUAUUCCGUGAUGAACAUCAAGAUUUCAAACAGGAAAUGAAGAGAUUACGACGUCUAAGAGGCAAGGCACCACCAAAGAAGGGUGAAGGCAAACGUGCUUCGAAAAAGUAGUUUGGAAUUGAGUGGAAGAAUAUACAUAAUGUUUAUGAAUAAAAUCUUUGUUAGAAAAAUA